AAAGAAAGAAAGAAAAGGAGUUGCUUGAUGUGAGAGUGAAAUGGACGUGAGGUUUUAUCCGCCUCCAGCCCAGCCCGCCGCUGCGCCCGACGCGCCCUGUCUGGGACCUUCUCCCUGCCUGGACCCCUACUAUUGCAACAAGUUUGACGGUGAGAACAUGUAUAUGAGCAUGACAGAGCCGAGCCAGGACUAUGUGCCAGCCAGCCAGUCCUACCCUGGUCCAAGCCUGGAGAGCGAGGACUUCAAUAUCCCACCCAUCACUCCCCCUUCCCUCCCUGACCACUCACUGGUUCACCUGAAUGAAGUCGAGUCUGGCUACCACUCUCUGUGCCACCCAAUGAACCAUAAUGGCCUGCUACCAUUUCAUCCACAAAAUAUGGACCUACCUGAAAUCACCGUCUCCAAUAUGCUGGGACAGGAGGGAACACUGCUCUCUAACUCCAUUUCUGUGAUGCAAGAUAUUCGGAAUCCUGAAGGAACUCAGUAUAGUGCUCACCCUCAGAUGGCAGCCAUGAGACCUCGGGGUCAGCCUGCAGAUGUCAGGCAGCAGUCUGGGAUGAUGCCACAUGGUCAGCUGACCACUAUUAACCAAUCUCAGCUCAGUGCCCAACUUGGCUUGAAUAUGGGAGGGAGCAAUGUUCCCCACAACUCACCUUCUCCACCCGGAAGCAAGUCUGCAACUCCUUCCCCAUCCAGCUCGGUGCAUGAAGAUGAAGGAGAUGACACUUCUAAGAUCAAUGGUGGAGAAAAGCGGCCUGCCUCUGACAUGGGGAAGAAACCAAAAACCCCCAAGAAGAAGAAGAAGAAGGACCCCAAUGAACCCCAGAAGCCUGUGUCUGCCUAUGCACUGUUCUUUCGUGAUACCCAAGCUGCCAUUAAGGGCCAAAAUCCAAAUGCUACCUUUGGUGAAGUCUCUAAAAUUGUGGCUUCCAUGUGGGAUGGUUUAGGAGAAGAGCAGAAGCAGGUCUAUAAAAAGAAAACCGAGGCUGCAAAGAAGGAGUACCUGAAGCAACUAGCAGCAUACAGAGCCAGCCUGGUAUCCAAGAGCUACAGUGAGCCUGUUGACGUUAAGGCAUCUCAACCUCCUCAGCUGAUCAACUCAAAGCCAUCUGUGUUCCAUGGGCCCAGCCAGGCCCAUUCAGCACUGUACCUAAGUUCCCACUACCACCAACAACCAGGAAUAAAUCCUCAUCUAACGGCCAUGCAUCCGAGUCUCCCCAGGAACAUAGCACCCAAGCCGAAUAACCAAAUGCCAGUGACUGUGUCCAUAGCGAACAUGGCCGUAUCCCCCCCUCCACCCCUCCAGAUCAGUCCACCUCUCCACCAGCAUCUCAACAUGCAGCAACACCAGCCACUCAGCAUGCAGCAGCCCCUCGGGAGCCAGCUCCCCAUGCAGGUCCAGUCGGCCUUACAUUCUCCCACCAUGCAGCAAGGAUUUGCUCUUCAACCCGACUAUCAGACUAUUAUCAAUCCUACAUCUACAGCUGCACAAGUUGUCACCCAAGCAAUGGAGUAUGUGCGUUCGGGUUGCAGAAAUCCUCCCACCCAGCCUGUGGACUGGAAUAACGACUACUGCAGUAGUGGGGGAAUGCAGAGGGACAAAGCACUGUACCUUACCUGAGAAUCCCAACGCCUCUUCUUUCUACUGAGGAAGUCAGGGAAGUCUUUUCACCAUGGAUUGCUUUGUACAGCCAAGGCGGUUCUCCAUUUUAUUAGAAAAUACAAGUUGCUAAGCACUUAGGACCAUGUGAGCUUGUGGGUCACCCACUCUGGAAGAAAUAGUCAUGCUUCUUUAUUAUUUUUUUAAUCCCUUAUGGACAUUGUUUUUCUUCUUCCCUGAAGGAAGUUUGGACCGUUCAGAUUUUAUGUUGGUUUUUUGCUGUGAAGUGCUGCGCUUUAGUAACUGCCUUAGCAGCUGUAGAUGUCUCGGAUAAAAGUCCUGGAUUUUCCAUUGGUUUUCAUAAUGGGUGUUUAUAUGAAACUACUAAAGACUUUUUAAAUGGCUUGAUGUAGCAGUCAUAGCAAGUUUGUAAAUAGCAUCUAUGUUACACUCUCCUAGAGUAUAAAAUGUGAAUGUUUUUGUAGCUAAAUGGUAAUUGGAAACUGGCUCAUUCCAGUUUAUUGAUUUCACAAUAGGGGUUAAAUUGGCAAACAUUCAUAUUUUUACUUCAUUUUUAAAACAACUAAUAGUUUCUAUAUUUUCAAAAUAUUUGGAAAAAUAAAAAGGUAUUCCCAAAUGAUUUUCAUUUAAAAACAAAUUGGCUUUGUCUUAUGGAUCGGACAUAAAGAAACUAGUGUUAAGAGAAGCGCAAACACAUUUAUUUUGUACUGCAGAGAAAUUGCUUUUUUGUAUCACUUUUUGUGUAAUGAUUAGCAAGCGUCAUUUAAGUCCUUUUAUGUAUAAAACUGCCAAAUGCUUACCUGGUAUUUUAUUAGAUACAGAAACAGAUUGGAAACAUCUAAAUUAUAACCUUUACAUAUGGCUCUGUAUUAUUGUUUCUUCAUACUGUGUCUGUAUUUAAUCUUUUUUUAUGGAACCUGUUGCGCCUAUUUAUGAAAUAAUAAAUAUAGGUGUUUGUAAGUAAAUUUGUUAGUAUUUGAAAGAGGUUUCUUUGAUGUUUUAACUUUUGCUGGCAAAAAAAAUUCACGCUUGGUGUGAAUACUUUAUUAUUUAGUUUUUACAGUGACAUGAAUAAAGCCAAACCUGCUUUUCAUUUUGCAGCAAAUUAAAGCAACCAAUCCUUAUUUCUGCAUUUCUUUGGUGGAUGAAAAAAAAAAAAAGAAAGAAAGAAAAAAAGAACUAUGAUAUUUAAGAACAUUCUUUCUUUGUACAAUGUUAUCGAAAAUUGCCCUCAAGUCACGCAAGCUACAAGGUUCAACAAGCAUGAUGGGUGCUUUAUCUGAAAAGGGUUGCUUCUUGCCUCUCAGCUGGUUUGAGUCAGUUCUAUAAACUUCCCCCCAAAAAUAACAAAAUUGAAUCAACCAAAAUUCCUCCAGUUGCAUGCUUUUCACCAAAUUCAGAGAACGUUUAAGAGCUGAACAGGGUUGGGAGGAAGUGAAGGGGAAGCGUACUGCCCAGAAUACAAGCAAAAAUGAAAGGUGAGUGACCCAACAGCCAAAAGAAAGGGAAAGCCCCUCAAAUUUGGAAGCAGCUGAUAGAAAAUGAAGUUCCUCCUGUCUUUUGUGCUUCUAUAGACUAUUUAUUUCUCUUUUCAGAAUUCCUGGGUCUUCCAAGAGAAUUCUGAGGGUACAAGAGAUUUGCAAGGGAACCGAAAGCAUUGAGAAUCUGGCUGAAGGUUUGCAUGGCUUUAAAAUCAAAAGAGCUAGCAAACUAUGCCCUUAUGGGGGGAUCAAAUCAAGAAAGCUAGUCUGGUUAGAAAUCAAGAGGAUGGCUGACGUCUCUUUCAUGGAAUGUGUGAAGUAAACUUGGCAAUUUAACUAAAUACAAAUAUAUGCAUUGUGUAAUCCAGUCAGAAUUAAAAAGACAAAAGGUAUGCUUGCUUUGGAAUGAUUUUAGGUAUUGUACAACCUGAAUCACUUGAGCAUGUAAUAACUAAUAAAUAAUGCAGAUCCAGUGUGAUUAUUAAAAUGACUGUAGCUGAGAGCUCUAAUUUUCCUGUCUUAAAACUGUAUAAGAACUCAUGUGAUUAAGUUCACAGUUGAUUGUUUGUCUGUUUAGUAUUUUAGAAAUACACCAGGACUACUAAUUACCUAAUGUCUUUUAUUUAUUAUAUUAUGAUCAAGUGAAAAUUUCACUUUGCAUUGAGUCUAAAAUGAGAAAGUAAUUACCGGGAUUUGAACAGCCAGCUUUGACUUUGACAGGCAGUUUGUACAGGAAAGUGCUAUGUUGUUUACAGCUUUUCCAGAACAGGUGUACAACCAGGGUAGAGAAAGUGUUAAAAUUCAAUACCAAAUACAGUAAAUACAUAUGUGUAAAUAAAAGAAAAUACAUCCUAAAUAAAAAUACUUACCAUGCGUG